GUCACCAAAAAAAAUCUUACCCGUUCUUGCUCUAUAGUUUAUAUAGCCUACUUGGUGUAUAUUAUCGAUGGUUGGCAUUUUACAAUUAAACACAAUAUAAUAGCAUGCAAUGGGGUUGUCCACAUUGAAGAAAAUUAUCCUCUACUGUGAGAUCCUGUUGCAUUUGCUUCCUUUUCUGCCAUGUUUCUCAAAUGGCUUCAGUCUACCCAGCAACUUUCUCUUCGGGAUAGGAUCUUCUUCAUACCAGUACGAAGGUGCUUACAUGAGCGAUGGCAAAGGACAGAGUAAUUGGGAUAACUUCACUCACGGACCAGGUAGAUAUGUAAUAAUCGAUGGGAGUAAUGGUGAUAUUGCCGUUGAUCAUUACCAUCGCUAUCUGGAGGAUAUAGAUUUAAUGGAGGCUUUGAAAGUGAACAGCUACAAGCUUUCUUUAUCUUGGUCAAGAAUUCUACCAAAGGGAAGGUUUGGAAAGGUCAAUAGGGCUGGUAUCAACUUCUAUAACACACUAAUUGAUGCUCUUCUUCUGAAAGGGAUCCAACCCUUUGUAGUACUAUCUCACUAUGAUAGUCCUCAAGAGCUGGAGGACAGAUAUGGAGGCUGGCUAAGUCCUCAAUCUCAAGAAGAUUUUGCCUUCUAUGCAGACCUAUGUUUUAGAAGCUUUGGUGACAGAGUCAAGUAUUGGGUCACCUUCAAUGAGCCAAACUACCUAGCCCCACUUGGUUACCGUUCCGGCGUAUAUCCGCCGUCCCGUUGCUCUGGCUCAUUGGCAAUGUUACCAUGCAAAGCAGGGGACUCAGAAAGGGAACCAUUCAUAGCAGCACAUAACAUUAUCCUUUCACAUGCUGCUGCUGUUGGUAUCUACAGAAGCAAAUAUCAAAGUGAACAAAAAGGAAUGAUUGGCAUAGUCCUUCAACAUGAAUGGUAUGAACCAAUCAGCAAUUCCACAGCAGACAAAUUGGCCACCGAAAGAGCAAGAUCAUUCUCCUUCAAUUGGUUCCUGGACCCAGUGAUAUUUGGAAAGUACCCAACAGAAAUGGAGAAUGUUCUUGGAAGCGUGUUACCCAAGUUUUCGAGCAAGGAAAUGGAGAAACUCAAGAAAGGAUUGGAUUUCGUUGGCCUCAAUUACUACACAGCUCACUAUAUCAAAGAUUGUAUAUAUUCCACGUGUAAACCGGGAGUAGGCACCUCCAGAACAGAAGGUUCAUACCAAAAAAGUGGAGACAAAAAUGGUGUCUCAAUUGGAGAACCUACACCAUUUAGUUGGCUCAAUAUUUACCCGGAAGGCAUGGAGAAAGCCAUUACAUAUGUCAGAAACAGAUACAACAAUAUUCCAAUGUUCAUCACUGAAAAUGGGUAUCCCGUACAAGAAGAUUCAAAUUCCACCAUGGAGGAACAACUUAACGAUUAUAAUAGAAUAAGGUGCAUGAGGAAUCAUUUUGAGGCCAUGUUAGAAGCAAUAAGGAAAGGAGCAGAUGUGAGGGGAUACUUUGCGUGGUCGUUGCUAGACAACUUUGAGUGGAUAUAUGGAUAUACAAUAAGAUAUGGACUUCAUCAUGUGGAUCAUAAUUCCUUGAAGAGGACUCCAAGAUUAUCAGCAACUUGGUAUAAGCAAUUUAUUGAAAUGCAUCAGUUGGAAUGGAAGUACAAUAAUAACACUAGCAAGGCUUUUGAGUUGUGAAAAGUAAUAAGGCCAGCCAUCUUAAGUUUAUUCAAGUGAGAAUACCACCACAUACAUGCCUUAAAUCUUGAGGUAAAUCAACAUAAGGCCAAAGGUUUAAUGGUGCUAGAAUUUUAUAACUCAGCACUUAUUUAAUUAUUGUUACAGUUUAUUUUAUUUGAUAGAGAACAAAGAUUAUAUAAGCAUCACUUGGAUAUAUAAUUCAACCAAUCGUAAAAUAUGUAUGUGCUAAUGGCAAAUCAAAUUUAAA